UGCUGUUGCCUGGCAACAUAGCAUACAUGACAUUAUUCCACUGAUGUAAUCUGAUGAUGCCAAAGUGUUAUGAUGUCAUAAGGGACAAGGCAUCUGUCCCUUAUGACAUCACAAGGAACAGAUGCCUUGAAUAUCCAGCGUCUGAAUCAAACUUGCAGAAGUCAAGCAGCAGCAGCUCGGACGUUGGGUUUUCCAUAUUGGAUUGAACAGUGCAUUUUUUCGUAGCUUUUGUGAUACAUCAGUCGGACAGCCAAAAUGCUGCCAAUUAACACUUAUUUUUUAACAGAAUGCGAAAUUAAAGAAAUGAGUAGAGAUGAAUUGAUCUUCGUGAAUCUGGAUUUCAUACAAAGGUUUAAAAAAAUAGCUAAGGAGCAUCGGAGUAGAACCACAGUGGAGGAAGAGUUGAAAGCAGCUCAGGAAGAAAUUGUGCAUCUAAAUCAGAACAUUGGUUCACUCAAGGAAAGGCUAGAUGAGUCUCACAGACAAAACAAAAACCUGAACUGUAAGACAAUCCCACAGUUAGAAAGAGAGAUAAAGAACCAGAGGUCCCACAGGAAUCAGUUGUUGAUUGUGAAUAAAAACUACCAAACUAAAUUCAAAGACCUUCAAACCUCUUUAAAUAACCUCACGGACUCAAAACUGCAGCUUGAGAGGACGUUGGCAGAAAAAAGAGAAGCAAUGUCUCAACUCACAGCCUACAGAAUGGAUGUUGAAAAGCAGGAAAAUGAAGUGGAGAGACUUCGGUUGGAAUUGUACAAAAAGAGCAACUAUGUUGACCAGAAGACUAUUGAAAUUAAGAGAGAAAAAGAAAAGUCCAGAAGUCUUGAGGGCAAGGUAAAAGAUCUGGAAAAGCAGUUGAAUGAGGCAAAGAAUCGAAUGAAAAUUCUUGGGGAUAGACUUUCAAAAACUCUGGUGGGAGAUCCAUAUAAGUAUGAACCAAGUGCCACGUUUUCUGACACUGUAUUAUUUCAGAAAAAAGUGCAAAACAGGGUAUUAGCAACAUAUCAGAAGGCAAGAGCUCUCCAGGAGGGAAAACCCUUGAAGAAGCAGGCCGAGAGCCACUCAACGCUCUCAGCCUUACAACAGCAAGAAAGCGUAAAACUACAGGUAGAAGACUUACGACGACAGCAAGAAGCCAUGGGUAAGGAAAGAAGUUUUCACCGCACAGAAUUUGAUUGGAAAAGGCUGAAGGAGGAAAUUCAGUCCUUAAAUGGUCAGAUACAGGCACUAACUCAAAACAGGCAUAGGGAUCAAGAGUGCAUUAAAAAUCUCACUGAACAAGUGUCUACGAUGAAAACUAAGUACUACAGGGAGAAGGAAUACAAGGAUUUAAAUAAAUCCAUAAAGAGCAAAGAGACUAAGAUAGAAGGUAAUAUUGCUGCGGAAAUACCUAAAAAUGAAACACAGACCAAUGAACAGCAAGCCGAAUUUUUACCAUCCAUUGAGGGAAAGUCAGUUUGUUAUAAAGGAACCUUGCCUCUGAGUAGAGGCAGGUUAGAGCCAGAAUUUAAAGAACACAAGCUCAUAACGAUAGAAAAGUUCAACCUUAGCCCAAUACCCCCUAGCAAAAAGAAGCUUGAAAUGCCAUCAUUUACACUUUCAGGCAGGAAGAUUGUCCUCAGGGAACCUGAGCAGAGAAAAAAUAGUGGUCAAUCAGGCAGGCGUGCCACAGUUGAUGGGAACGUUAAAGUUCCCUAAUUAGAGGUUAAAGGCAACAAGAUAUUAUGAGGUGCAUUUGUGAGCAUCACAUACAAGAGGCGUAUACACCUUGGGGCUGGGCUUUAACCCAUGGAGCCCAGCCGGGCACAGCCGAAGAGAAGACAUGAUUCCCUCUUCACACGGGCUCACCACCUUUGGGGGAGACAAACUGGUGGGGUGCAGAGUCAAAAGGAUGGCAGCUGAAGGUAGGGACCUUGGUGAUCUGAUCCUGAGCUACAGAAGCUCAGGAACAGACCAGAGUCCGGUCCUCAUUGCCGGCAGUACCUCGGGCUCGUUUCCAGUGAGAGUUGGACUCCACCAAGGCUAAUCUUUGUCACUAAUUCUAUUCAAUACUUUUAUUGACAGAAUUUUUAGGCACAGCCAAGGUGUUGAGGGGAUCCGAUUUGGUGGCCUUAAGAUCAGAUCUCUGCUUUUUGCAGAAGAUGUGGUCCUACUGCCUUCAUCAGGUUGUGAUCUACAGCUUUCACUGGAGCGAUUCGCAGCCGAGUGCGAAGUGGCCGGGAUGAGGAUCGGUGCCUCCAAAUCCAAGGCCAUUGAGUUCUUGAGCCAGAAAAUCUGGUUAGGUUGCCUCCUGAUAUGCAUCUCAUCUCUUUAAAUGCAUAGGUUUUCUCCGGGUGCUCCGGUUUUUCCUACCUUCGGGGAAAAAGUGAUUGGACUAAUUGGUCUCUUUUAAAUUGACCUUAGUCUCUCACUCACUAAUAUUUGGAGACAUUCUUUAAAUGGA